CGCCAUUUGCUUGCGAGAGAGAGGACUGAGCAAACAAGUCACAUCUUCAUUUUAGACCAAAAGUCUAUACAGAUGUAAAACCAACAUAUCUCAUUGAUGCCAGCCUUUGUAUAAAUCAGCAUUAUGAGAAGUGUAGGCACAUGAAUUAAUGAGUACAGGUGUAGAAAAUGUCAGAAACAGUAUGGUCAUGACGUAGAAGAAAUAGUACAAAAGUGAUAUUUCUUAUAAUACAUGUCACAGAACUAAGCUCUAUAGGCGACAUUUAAAAUAUGUACAUGAAAGAAACACUUUAAAUCUAAUGUUGAUGGUAAUGUUUAUAAUUCAAUCAGCAAAUAUUGAGAAUGUUAUCUCAGAUGUCAUCUAAGAAACAUAUGAGAGGAAAUGCACAAGAAAAAUGCAUUGUGAUUUUGCAUGCGAUUAAAAAGGUUAUCUGAAUAAACAGCUGGGAAAAUGAACAGAAUACAAAAGCUUUAAUAAUAAGUGAAUAAGCUUUAAAUGAGAUCAUGUAACUCAUUUCAGAAUACAUGCAUGAGAGAAACGUUUUGAAUGCAUUGUUUAAUAGACACAGUUACUUGAUUAUGCAUUUAAUGCAAGUGCUAAUCUUAAAUCUCAAAUCAGGAUACAUAUGGGACAGAAUCGUUAAAGAGGCAUAAUGAGUAAACCUACAAGAGAAAAGCUAUUUAAAUGUACUGUUUGUGAUCAUGCAUGUAGUCAACGCAGUAAUCUUAAAUUACAUAUGAGAAUACAUUCGGGAGAGAAAAGCUUCUCAAAUGUGGUUUUUGUGAAUAUGCAUGCCAUAACAGUGCUAAUUUGAAGAGGCAUUUGAGAACUCAUACUGGAGAAAAAUGUUUUAAAUGUGAUGUUUGUGAUUACGCAUGUACAGAUGGAAGUGCAAUGAAGAAACAUAUAAGAAUGCAUACUAGAGAGAAACAUUAUAAAUGUUACUAUUGUGAUAUCACAUGUAGUGAUAGAACUGCUAUAAAAAGACAUUCAAAAAAGCAUACAGGAGAUAUAUGUUUUAAAUGUGGUUUUUGUGAAUAUGCAUGCAAUUACAGUGUUAAUUUGAAGAGACAUAUGAGAACCCAUACUGAAGAAAAACGUUAUAAAUGUGAUGUUUGUGAUUAUGCAUGUAGAGAUAGCGGUACAAUGAAGAGACAUAUAAGAACACAUACAGGAGAGAAACCAUAUAAAUGCGAUGUUUGUGAUUAUGCAUGUGUAGAUAGUGGUACUAUGAAGAAACAUAAAAGAAUACAUACAGGAGAGAAACCAUAUAAAUGUGAUAUUUGUGAUUAUGCAUGUGUAGACAGUGGUACUAUGAAGAAACAUAAAAGAAUACAUACAGGAGAGAAACCAUGUAAAUGUGAUGUGUGUGAUUAUACAUGUAGAGAUAGCGGUACAAUGAAGAGACAUAUAAGAAUACAUACAGGAGAGAAACCAUAUAAAUGCGAUGUUUGUGAUUAUGCAUGUGUAGAUGGAGGUACUAUGAAGAAACAUAUAAGAAUACAUACAGGAGAGAAACCAUAUAAAUGUGAUGUGUGUGAUUAUACAUGUAGUCAACAUAGUCAUCUGAAGACUCAUGUAAGAAUACAUACUGGAGAGAAACGAUUUAAAUGUGAUAUGUGUGAUUAUGCAUGUAGUCAGAAUAGUAAUCUGAAGACACAUGUAAAGAAAAAACAUACAGGAGAGAAAUGCUUUAAAAGCGAUGAUUGCGAAUAAACAUGUAGUUGUAAAAGUGCUAUGAAGAGACAUACAAGAAAACAUACAGAAGAGAAACAUUUUAAAUGUGAUGUUUGUGAUUAUCAUGAUUAUGCAUGUAUUUAACAUAAUGAUCUGAAGAAAGAUAUCAAACUACAUACUGGAGAGAAACGGUUUUAAUGUGAUGUAUGUGAUUAUGCAUGUAGUCAACAUACGGAUUCGAAGAAACAUAUCAAAAUACAUACUGGAGAGAAACAAUUCAAAUGCGAUGUGUUUGAUUAUGCAUGUAGUCAACAUAAUCAGGGCUGGCAUAAAUUCUCCUGCGUUGAAUGUGCACAUGCAUUGUACGUACACUAUUAACUUUAGUCUGUAUAUUGUACACACAAUAUGUUUGUACAUCCAGUAGGGGUUAUAUAAUACAUUCUGGAAAGAAUUGCUUCAGAUGCAAUAAAUGUGAAUAUGCAUGCAACUACAGCGCUAAUUUGAACAGGCACUUUAAAGAAAGGUUUUAACUGAUAUGUAUUAUGAGUAGUAAUUUGAAGGUUCGUGUAAAAAUAUCUACAAGAGAGAAAUGCUAAAGAUAUGCUUGUAGCAUGUUUAGAGAUUGUUCAUAUAUAGAAGGAAGUACUAUGAAAAGACAUAAAAGAAUGCAUACAGGAGACAAACAUUUUAAAUGAUAAUAAUGUGAAAUACACUAAAUACAGGGAAUAAUGAGUGUGCAUUUAGUCAGAAGAGUGAUCUGAAAAACACAUAAUUAGUCAGAAGAGUGAUCUGAAAAACACAUAUAAAAAUACGCACAGGGAAAUGGAUAAAAGUUAUGUUUUUUAUCAUACAUCUGGUACAUUUAACCAAAGUAAUUUGUAAACACAUCUUUGAAUGCAUACAGGAGAGAAAACACGAAACUGUUUUUAUAUGUAUGUGAUUACGGUGCUAAUUUAAAAGAAAAAUUGAUGAAAAGUAUACAGAAGAUGUUUUAAAUGUAGUCAUAUUCAAAUGCAGUGUUACAGUUUGCUGUAAUGUGUGUAAUUAAAAGACUUAUUUGGAGGCACAUGUGAGAAAACAUACAGAAGAUAAACUCUUUAAACAUGUUAAAUAAGCACUGUUGACUUUUUGGCUUGCAGCUAUCCAGUUAAGAUGAUUAACAAUCAAACAAAAACGUCAAAUGACCGGAAAAGUAUUUUAUCAAAGGUUCUAAACAGAUAGUGUGAAUAAUUUAACGAUAGAACAUAUGGCUUAAGGUCUUAAUGACAGACACAUAGGAAAAUAAACUGAAGCCAUAGGAUAAAGCUAUAUCUAAGAAUGUAAUUGUAAAGUAUCAAUUUUGAAUUAAGAUGAAAAUCAUAAAAUCCAGUGACAUAUACAUUUUCAAUUAGAAAAUAAGUAUAAUAACAAAUAUGAAAAUAUGUAAGAAUAACCAAAUAUUCAGUGUUACGCAAUAUAACAGUAGUGAACAAUUCAAUACCAUGUUACACAUACAUACAUGUAGCCUAUGGAAUGGUAUGAAUGCAAGAACUCUUCUAUUAAAUUUGUAGAAGAUUUGCAUUAACAAUUAUAUAUUUAGUCGAAAUUCAUUUUAAAUUUAAGUUUCUAAAACUAUAUUUCCUCCCUUUUUCUUUCUUGGUUGCACAUUCAGAUUGCACUUAAAUAAAUUCAAAAGUUACACACAAUUUAAAAACUUGCCUACUUGUUCUGACAUAGCUACAUUGUAUACCCUUAAUCAAGUAUUGAGAUGAAAAAUCAACACAAGCACAAUUUAACCCUUACCCUGCUAAAUUUCUAAAAUGAACUUGUCCAUCUUUCAAUUUGGACAGUACCGUUAACUGUUAAAAGGGGUGAUUACAAAAAGAUGCUGACUGAAUGGCGAACAGCUGAUCAGCUGAUCUUGGUCUGCAUUGGUCGCAAAGGCAAAAUCAUUUGCCGCCAGCAGGCUAAGGGUUAAAUAGGGAUUGAGUGAAUUUUGUCUUGAAUUUCCCUACAUGAGAAUGGCUGGUUGUUUUAUAUAUGUGUAAUUUUCUGUAACAUUUUGUCUUUUGUAGGUCUAUGCAGAUGUAAAACCAACAUAUCUCAUUGAUGCCAGCCUUUGUAUAAAUCAGCAUUAUGAGAAGUGUAGGCAAAUGAAUUAAUGAGUACAGGUGUAGAAAAUGUCAGAAACAGUAUGGUCAUGACGUAGAAGAAAUAGUACAAAAGUGAUAUUUCUUAUAAUACAUGUCACAGAACUAAGCUCUAUAGGCGACAUUUAAAAUAUGUACAUGAAAGAAACACUUUAAAUCUAAUGUUGAUGGUAAUGUUUAUAAUUCAAUCAGCAAAUAUUGAGAAUGUUAUCUCAGAUGUCAUCUAAGAAACAUAUGAGAGGAAAUGCACAAGAAAAAUGCAUUGUGAUUUUGCAUGCGAUUAAAAAGGUUAUCUGAAUAAACAGCUGGGAAAAUGAACAGAAUACAAAAGCUUUAAUAAUAAGUGAAUAAGCUUUAAAUGAGAUCAUGUAACUCAUUUCAGAAUACAUGCAUGAGAGAAACGUUUUGAAUGCGUUGUUUAAUAGACACAGUUACUUGAUUAUGCAUUUAAUGCAAGUGCUAAUCUGAAAUCUCAAAUCAGGAUACAUAUGGGACAGAAUCGUUUAAGAGGCAUAAUGAGUAAACCUACAAGAGAAAAGCUAUUUAAAUGUACUGUUUGUGAUCAUGCAUGUAGUCAACGCAGUAAUCUUAAAUUACAUAUGAGAAUACAUUCGGGAGAGAAAAGCUUCAAAUGUGGUUUUUGUGAAUAUGCAUGCCAUAACAGU